GUGAGUGUGUUUACAGCUGUGUCAUCCAUUACACACCUGUCUCUUUUAUCUGUUUGUCUCCUCUUUCCCCCGCCCCGCACUCCCAAUGCUGUCCUCUGGACCUUGCGUCAUCUUUACCACCGUUCCUUCUUGUCUUUGGUGUCAAUUUCUGUCUUCCCUCAUUGGCAACAGACCAGCCAGUAAAAAGCACUCUCUCCUGCCCAGGUUAAGCAGCCUGUCUUCACUGGGCGAUUCGGCUCCAGGACGCAGGUCUCCCGGGCACCAUCGCCAGCCGUCUGACUGCACUGAAACAACAGGCCUGGUUCAACGCUGUGUCAUCAUCCAGAAGGACCAGCAUGGCUUUGGCUUCACCGUCAGCGGGGACCGAAUCGUCCUGGUGCAGUCUGUCCGGCCAGGAGGAGCAGCUAUGGAGGCUGGGGUGCAAGAGGGCGACCGGAUUGUCAAGGUGAACGGCACGAUGGUGACCAACAGCUCCCAUCUCGAAGUGGUGAAGCUCAUCAAAUCCGGCGCCUACGUUGCACUGACCCUCCUGGGGCCUCCUCCUCCCUCAGUGGGGCUCUCCAGCCCUCAGCACGACGUGAGCGUAGCUGGGAUGCCCAUGUGCCCCCCGCCACCUCCCCCGCCACCACUGCCUCCGCCACAGCGCAUCACAGACCCCAAACCCUUGCAGGACCCAGAAGUUCAAAAGCACGCGACCCAGAUCCUCCGCAAAAUGCUGCAACAGGAGGAGGCCGAGUUACAGCGGCUCCUCGAAGUGUACAGCAGGAACCCCACCACCACGCGCGAGGAACGGAUGGUCGGGGCACGCAGGAGGGUCAGCCAGCUGCAGCUCAAGAUCCUGCAGGAAACGGGCAGCUCUGUGGACUUGGGGCAGCCGUGCUGCAACUCUGGCUCAGCCGGUCUCAGGGGGACGGAAGGCCGCCUCUCUCUGGACUCUCAGGAUGGCGACAGCGGCCUGGACUCGGGCACGGAACGGUUCCCAUCGUUGAGCGAGAUCUCUCUGAACCGGAACUCGGUGCUCUCUGACCCCGGCCUGGACAGCCCGCGCACCUCCCCGGUCAUCACCGCCAAGCUGUUCCAGCACCCCCACCGCCGGCAGGGCUCGGACACGCCCUUCCUGCCGUCCGCGGAGCAGGGGCUGGACCGGACGCUGAGGCCUCUCAUCAUUGGGCCAGAGGAGGAUUGCGACCCGGGGUAUUUCAACAACGAGUGCGACACCCUCUUCCAGGACCUGGGGAAGCUGAAAUCCCGACCGGCUCACCUGGGCGUCUUCCUGCGCUACAUCUUCUCCCAGGCAGAUCCCAGCCCCCUGCUCUUCUAUCUGUGCGCAGAAGUUUGCCAGCAAAUGAACGCCAAGGAUUCCCGGGCGUUGGGGAAGGAGAUCUGGAACAUCUUCCUGGAGAAGAAUGCGCCUCUGAGAAUAAAGUUGUCUGAGCCGUUACUAGCUGAAAUAGAGUCUCGCCUGCGGAACGGGGAGGACGCCCGAAGCGCCUUCUCCGAGGCUCAGGACGCAGCCAUGCCCGAGAUCCAGGAGCAGAUCCAGGACUACAGGACGAAGCGCACUAUGGGGCUGGGAAGCCUGUAUGGGGAAAACGACCUGCUGGAUCUGGACGGGGAUCCCCAGAAGGAGCGGCAGGUGGCCGAGAAGCAGCUCGCGCACCUGGGCGACAUACUGUCGAAAUACGAAGAGGACAGGAGCUCCCCCAUGGCCUUUGCCCUCAGCACGUACAUGAGCCACACGGGAAUCCGGAUGCGGGAGGCCCGGCCGACCAGCACCAGUGAAAAGUCCCAGGCCUUUCCGGACAAGGACAAAUGGCUGCCCUUCUUCCCCAAGGCCAAGAAGAGCAGCAGCGCGAAGAAGGACAAAGACGCGAUGGAGGACAAGAAACGCAAUCCCAUCCUGAAGUACAUCGGGAAGCCCAAAAGCUCCUCCCAGAGUACAUUUCAUGUCCCUUUGUCCCCCGUGGAAGUCAAACCCGGCAACGUGAGGAACAUCAUCCAGCACUUUGAAAACAACCAGCAUUGCGAGUCCCAGGAGCCUGGCAGCCAGCGCCUCUCCACCGGCAGCUUCCCCGAAGAGCUGCUGGACUCGGACAGGCUUUUCCAGAGGCAGGCCGAGCCUGGAGCGGCGAUGCAGCAGGGCGGGAGGGCAAAGGAUCCCAUGGCUUGGGGACUGAGCGCCGUUUCUGAUUGCCUCCCCAGGUCGCUGGAAAACCCCACUCCGCCCUACACGCCCAAGAUGGGCCGCAGGAGCAUCGAGUCACCUAAUCUGGGCUUCAGCGCUGACUCGUUCCUCCCCCACGUGCUGGAGGAUGAGCUGGGCCAGCUGUCGGACCUGGAGCUGGAGCCGGACGCUCAGAACUGGCAGCACACCGUCGGGCGGGAGGUCACGGCUCACCUGACGCAGAGGGAGAUAGAACGCCAGGAGGUGAUCAAUGAGCUCUUCGCCACCGAGGCCUCUCACCUGCGGAUUCUCCGAGUCUUGGACGGCCUCUUCUACCAGCGGAUGAAGAGGGAGGGCCUGCUGUCACGGGAGGAGCUGGGGCUGCUCUUCCCCAACCUCCCGGACCUCAUCGACAUCCACAAUUCUCUGUCGGAAUCCAUGAAGAGGCUCCGAGAAGAAGGACCAAUCAUCAAAGAGAUCGGGGAUCUCAUGCUUUCGCGGCUCAGCUCUGGCCCUUUCUCCUUCCCUGCCCCGGCACGAGAGGAAAUCCAGCAGGUGGUGGCCGACUUCUGCUCUUACCAGUCCAUCGCCCUGGAGCUGAUCAAAACCAAGCAGCGCAAGGAGACCCGCUUCCAGAUCUUCAUGCAGGUACCUCCUGCCCCCCUCUCCCUGGAGAGCCCCACUGGCCUGUUCUCCCCCCAUCCUCACCGGCUGGGCCACCAGGCUGCUGCCCCUGGCCUGUUCCCCUCACCCUGCCUUCUCCACCCCCAGAACCUCGACCUCACCUCCCGGCGCAUGAUCCACGAGGGGGCUCUGAGCUGGCGCAUCAGCAAGGAGAAGACCGUGGGUAGCCUGGUGCUGCAAGACCCCGACGUCUCCCCGAUCCUCUCCCACGCCAGCAGCGCCGGGGCGGAGGCGGAAGAGGUCUCUUCAGCAAAGAGGUGCCUGUGUCCAAACCAAAGCCAGCCUCCCGCCAGCCCUCUGGGGAGAAUUCCCUGCCAGGGCCCAGCCUGCUCAUGUUCUCUCCCCUGCCUAGUGGAGAACCUGCGGCACCUGAUCCUGCACAGCCUGGUGCCCUGCCGGGAUCCUGAGGACGACCUGACGCCCACGCCCUCGGUGGCGGGAGGAGUCGUGCAGAGCUGGGACUCAGCACUGCCCAGCCAGGAGCAGCCGAUGGUGCGGGGUGAACCCAUCGCGACCCGGGCUGAUCUCACGGGCCAGACGCCCAGCGACGGGACGGAGCCGGAGCCAGCAGGUCGGCCAAGCACGGGGGACGCAGCUGAGACGGGCUGGAGUUCGGAUGGCAGUCAGGAGGGGCCCCAGGAAGCGGAGCAGCCCCUGGCUGCGGAGGGGCAGGGCGGCUACAAAGUGGUCCGGAAAGCUGAGGUGGAGGGCGCUAAGGAUGCCACGCCUUUGGCAGACAGCAGCCAAUCAGAAACUGAGUUGCAUGAAGGAGGCGGAGCUAAUGUAGAUGGGAAUUACUUCUACAUCAGCAUGCCUGCCAGCCCCGCAGAGUCCUCCACGGAGCCCCCUGCCCGCGCGCUUCCAGCGAGCCCCACGGCGCACCCCCACAGCCCAGGCCCCACGGGCCAGCCCCAAGGCCCGCCCCAGCCUGUCCUGAGUUCCCGGCAGCAUGGCCAGGGCGGCCUGGAUGGGGUCCCACCCCCUGAGCCUCCCGCCCCCAGCCUGGCGAUCCAAGAUGUCGACAUGAUCUUCCGGACGAUAGAACAGCUCACGCUGAAACUCACCAGGCUAAAGGUGGGGGGGGAGGAGCUGUCGUUGGGAGGCUGCUAAGGGGUCUUGCCCAUUGCGAGCCAGGACUGGCUCUGCCUGGUGACUGCGCAGGGAGAAGAGCUGCAGCCGGUGCCCUGAGGGCAUUGCCUGGGGAGGUGACUUAGACCCCUUGCUGGCACCUGCAAAGGGCCGGGGCUGAGCGAGGAGCCUGCGGGUGUCGCCCUAGUGGGCGGGGGGCCAG